AUGAUUCCUCACCGCAGCACGGCCCUUGUUACGAUCAUCGUCUUCGUCGCUCUCCUCCUGGUGAUCUUCUCGACAUCCCCGAGAUCAGUGGACUCUGCAUUGGUCGAAGAAAAGAUCGCUAGUGCAGCCAAGUAUGUCCCUCGCCCAAACCUUCCGUCUCUAAACGACUUCCAUCUGCCUUCGUUUCGUCCUACCGUACAUACGCCGCCGGAGUUGCAGCCGAACAGCACCAACGGCGAUUCGAAAUGGUUUACCAACUGGGCGUGGCUCAAUCCCUUUUCCUCCGCCAUUACACUGGACGAGAACCGAUCUGUACUCCCUCCGCUGCGGCACCGGCCGUUCAUUUACACCUACUACGAACCAAACAAGGGAAAUGAUAAGAACGAGGAGAAUGCGGAUGCUCAGCUGCUUCUUGCCUGGCGCCGAGCCUGGUUUGCUCAGGGGUUCCGUCCUAUCAUUCUCGGACCCGGGGAGGCGAUGAACAACCAAUUGUACGAGCUUGUGCAACCGUUGAAGCUUCACCACGAUUUGGAAUUGGAACUGUUCCGAUGGCUCGCCUGGGGCCACAUGGGUGAUGGUUUGCUUGCCGAUUGGCGCUGUUUCCCCAUGGCGAGAUACGACGACCCGUUGCUCUCGUCUUUGCGCCUGGGUACCGACCCGGCUUUCAUCACUAGAUUCGACCACAUCAACAGCGCACUCUUUGCGGGCGAGAAAUCAAGAAUCAACGACGCUAUCAAGGAAGCCGUCAAGAAGAUUGACGAGAACUCCAAAUCCAUGUUGGACUUGGUACCCUCGGAGUUCUUCAGGAGCGAACAGGCAGGCUCGUUGGCCUUCUACGACUCUACGACCGUCACGACCAACUUUCCCGCGCUGGCUGAGCAGAGCGUUAAAUCAGCCACCGCUGGACGACUCGCUCUGGUUGAGUUGAUUAAUUCCCAUCUGCAUAGCACCUUUCAAAACUCUUUCCCCGCCGGUAUCGCUGUCCUGAAGCCCUUCCCGGAACACACCACUGCGCUCGUCGAACCCUCGCUGCGGCUUGCUAAAGCCCUGGCUCAAUGCUCGAAAUCCCCCGUGCCCUCUUCGUGCCCUCCCAACCUACAGACGUGCCACCCCUGCGAGUCCGCGAAGCCCAUGCAGGUCAGUCAACCGGCGACUUAUCGGAACACGACCCGCGUAUUCACUAUUGGAACUCUCCCGCAUCCCUAUACUCUUAUUAGCUUGGAACAGAAUUCUGCGGAGGUUACCACCCGACACGUUCGUCGCGAGACGGAGCGCGAUAACUGGUUGAAGGCGGUCACUCAGGAACAGCUAGGACCUGAGCUGGGUGGAGCCUCGCGAGCCGUCGUUUUCAAGAAGGCCGUCGCCGAUGACGGCGUUAUCGGAACGUCGUUGUGGAUGACGGUCGAGUCGAUCCCCCCAGAGGCUGGCCAGGCUCUUCCGACUGCGCUGCUAGACGAAUUGGAGUGGCAAUUUGGAUUUCGAAUCCCGCGGACGGGGAAGGUGGAUGCGAAGCACGAGGGCGACACCAAAGAGUCCAUUCAACAUUCCAACCCUAGCCUGGAGGGUGUCGAAAAGGAGUAUGAUCUUCUCCGAGUGUCUCGGGAGGUCAUCAAAAGUAAGGAAACCAAUCGGAUCAACAUCAAAGAUGUGGCGGAGGCUUGGAACCUGGCGGAUACUGAAGUAUGGCGGUUUGUGAGGGCGUACCGGGCACGCAGCGUUGUCGAACGAAAGAAGUGGGAGGAGGAUGAGAAGGAUUUCGUCGGGGCACGGGCCAAACCGUGA